GCCCCUGCCGCCAGUCGCCGCAGUGGCUGCCGGGAUGCGCCGCAGCGAAUGGUCGCGCGGGGCGCCGCUCUGAGUGACCUUUCACCCGCGCCCAGCGGCCUCGGGCGGCGGCACAAGGCGGAAGCCAUGGCGGAGGCGGCGGGCGAGGCGGGCGCGAGCGAGCGGGACCCAGACGCGGUCCGCGCGCGCCGGCGGCUGCGGGUUCUGUCGGGCCAUCUGCUGGGCCGGCCCCGGGAGGCUCCGAGUACCAAUGAGUGCAAAGCGCGGAGAGCCGCGUCGGCGGCCGGGGCGUCGCCCGCCGCUACUCCCGCCGCGCCGGAGUCGGGCACCAUCCCCAAGAAGCGGCAAGAAGUUAUGAAAUGGAAUGGAUGGGGCUAUAAUGAUUCCAAGUUCUUCUUCAAUAAGAAGGGCCAGGUUGAGCUGACUGGGAAAAGGUACCCUCUUAGUGGCUUGGCUUUACCAACUUUGAAAGACUGGAUUCAAAACACCCUUGGAGUAAAUCUGGAGCAUAAAACUACCUCUAAAGCAUCCUUAAAUCCUAGUGAAGUACCUCCUUCUAUUGUAAAUGAAGAUUUCCUUCAGGAACUUAAAGAAACGCGUAUUUCCUACUCACAGGAAGCAGAUGAUCGCGUGUUCAGAGCUCACGGUCAUUGUCUUCAUGAGAUAUUUAUGCUCAGGGAAGGGAUGUUGGAACGGAUUCCUGAUAUAGUUGUUUGGCCAAUGUGUCAUGAUGAUGUAGUUAAGAUUGUGAAUCUAGCGUGCAAAUAUAACCUUUGUAUCAUACCAAUUGGUGGAGGAACAAGUGUGUCAUAUGGCUUGAUGUGUCCUGCAGAUGAGACAAGAACAAUAAUUUCUCUGGACACUUCACAAAUGAACCGGAUUCUCUGGGUUGAUGAGAACAAUCUGACAGCUCACGUAGAGGCUGGGAUAACAGGACAGGAGUUGGAAAGACAGCUUAAAGAAAGUGGUUAUUGUACAGGUCAUGAACCAGACUCUCUGGAAUUCAGCACUGUGGGAGGAUGGAUAUCCACACGAGCAUCAGGCAUGAAGAAAAAUAUCUAUGGCAAUAUUGAGGACCUGGUGGUUCAUAUGAAAAUGGUAACACCUAGAGGAGUAAUAGAGAAAAGCUCCCAAGGACCUCGUAUGUCAACAGGCCCUGAUAUCCAUCACUUCAUCAUGGGAUCUGAAGGAACUCUUGGUGUAAUAACAGAAGCUACAAUAAAAAUCAGACCAACACCGGAAUACCAAAAGUAUGGCUCAGUAGCUUUCCCUAAUUUUGAACAAGGAGUAGCCUGUUUAAGAGAAAUUGCAAAGCAGAGAUGUGCUCCCGCAUCUAUCCGCCUCAUGGACAACCAGCAGUUUCAGUUUGGUCACGCUCUUAAACCUCAGGUCUCCUCUAUUUUUACAUCAUUUUUGGAUGGAUUAAAAAAGUUUUAUAUUACAAAGUUUAAAGGAUUUGAUCCGAAUCAACUAAGUGUAGCCACGUUACUGUUUGAGGGGGACCGUGAGAAGGUUCUUCAGCAUGAAAAACAAGUAUAUGACAUUGCUGCAAAAUUUGGUGGUCUGGCAGCUGGAGAAGAUAAUGGACAGAGAGGUUAUUUGCUGACUUAUGUCAUUGCAUACAUUCGUGAUUUGGGUUUAGAAUACUAUAUAAUAGGAGAAUCCUUUGAGACGUCUGCUCCUUGGGACAGGGUUAUAGAUCUGUGUAGAAAUGUAAAAGAGAGGAUAAGAAGGGAGUGCAAAGAAAAGGGUGUUCAGUUUGCACCUCUUUCUACAUGCAGGGUGACACAGACGUACGAUGUAGGUGCAUGUAUCUACUUCUAUUUUGCCUUUAACUACAGGGGAAUUAGUGACCCACUGACUGUGUUUGAACAAACUGAGGCAGCUGCUAGAGAUGAAAUCCUUGCCAAUGGAGGGAGCCUGUCACAUCACCAUGGAGUGGGCAAGUUACGAAAGCAGUGGCUAAAGGAGAGCAUCUCUGAUGUCGGUUUUGGGAUGUUAAAGUCUGUCAAGGAGUAUGUGGACCCCAGUAACAUCUUUGGAAACAGAAACCUUUUGUAACUCCAUGGAUAGCAUUAUGAAAAAUGUUACCUUUUUAAAGUCAUCAGCUAUGGUUAUACCAGUAAUUAUAUCAAGGACUGUACAUUUGUUUGUUGGUUUCAAAUAAGUUGGUUUUUGUUCUGUGCUUUGUUUCUACAUCUAUAGAUUGACAGAUGGCGUUCCUAGGUCUCUCUCAUUGUAGAUGUACCUGUUUAUAGUCAACUAACUGGUUGUCAUUUCAGAUUUAUCUGAAGAAGAUGCUGCCAGCUGUUUUACGUGCUCCUCUAGGUGAGCCGGGGCAGAUGGUGUCAUCUGCUGCUCAUCUAGCCUCUCCUCUGGUGUGUCCUUUCUUAAACAUUUCUCUAAAGCAGAUAUCUAGCAGAUUCUGCUGGGGAGAGAUAUUUGUGUGUGUUGUUAAAAGCGUCCUUUCCUGAGAGUAGGCCACUGAGGGAGAGGACACUCAGGCCAGGACCAGCAGUCUGUUACUAGCAUGCCUUCAUCUGUAUAAGGUGCUCAGCCUAAGCUUUGCUUGAAGUGAAUACACAGUUACAAACUUAAAUUGCCAACAUGCAAAUUACUCUGUGAGCAGACACAUUUUUGUCCUUGUGUCUGUUUCUAGUAGGUGUGAGUUGUAUUUGUGUCACCGUGGGUAAGCUGUUGUUGUGUCCUGCACCAUCCAUAACGUGCUUUGUAAGGAAAGCUGCCUUGCUACAGGUGACGGGCAGGGUUACCGUGAAGUGAAGGCCAUUGUCCACCCUCCAAUCCUCAUGUCUCUGCCGUCACGUGCUUUGUAAGGAAAGCUGCCUUGCUGCAGGUGACGGGCAGGUGUUACCGUGAAAUGAAGGCCAUUGUCCACCCUCCAGUCCUCAUGUCUCUGCCGUCACGUGCUUGUUGCCAAGUUGCACAGGCAACUGCAGCAUGAACAAAGGGAAGGCUCCUGAGCCUGCUGUCUCCAGUUUAAAGACUUGGCUAGAGACACAGUCGUCAGUUGACUCUUAGGUUUGAAAGCCUCUAUAAUUUCAAUAACAACAAUCUUUUUUUCUAAUUAGCCACAAAUAGCCUGAUAAAUUUUCAUGGAAAAUUAGUUUCAAUUCAGUUCUUAAUAAUGGUUUAAUGACUUUUUGAAUUACUGGUUUAACCUAAAUUUUAAAAAUGUAUUACUGCAUAUGCCAUAAUCACAAGUUUGAAAUAUCCUGUUUCUUAAAUAAAAAAGAGACUAUUAAUUACAUUUAGCAGACAUUUUUACAUUCACAACUGGAUAUUGAAAUAAGUAGAACAAUUGCUUUAAAUCACUGUUGAGGUUUCUGAUUCACAUUGUGAGAUGGGUUCUUUUCUUAAUGCAAUACCUAACUUUUGAUAAUUUUUUAAAAUAUUUAAUCAGAUAAUUAAGUCAAAAUGCAGACGAUCCUUUAAAAGGACACACUGUCUGUCUAUGUAGCAACAGCUCCAAAUAUAUUGGGGCAGUUUGAUACCUUUUUUUAUCUGAAGUAGCCUUAAACAUAACAGUGAAAAUUUAAAAUUGACAAAAUGAUAUUUUUAAGACUUCAAAAUGAUAAAUAAUUUUUAACUAUUAAAAUUGGCCUAAAACUAACAAAUUUAAAUCUGUUGGAAAAAUCAAUAUUAAGCAUUAGUUUAACAACAAAAACUCAAUAUUAAUUUUGGAAGCUGCCUCUUUAUUGAUGAUUUAUUUUCAAUUAUAAAAUUUCCAUAUCUUUGAUUAAAGAUUUUGAUGGUUUGAAAUAGCUGGACACUCAAGGAAAUUGCCUCUAGAAUUAUAAGAUUCUUUAUAAAAUGCAUCUCUUCCUGAAGAUGAUUCUCUAAUUGGUGAUUGAUAUGUAACAUUAAGUAAGAUUCCAACAUCUCACUGAAAGUGUAUACAUGUUUCCAAGUAAUUAUUUUUAAUAAACAGAUUUACUAGCA